CUCGAUGUUGUUAUCAUGGCCGACUCGAACAGUCAUUCGUCUAAAACGCCGUACUCGUAUGGUUUAGCCGAUGAAAGUGGGAGUUUGAACAACACUCCUCAACAUGCUAUUGAGGUGCGUGAAUAUCGAGUUCAUUCAAGAAGUUUUUCUCCUACGAAGGAGAAUCGAUCGCCUCGCAGUCGCAAAUCAUCCUCACACUCGAGACCGAGAGUUUCAUCAGAGUCGAGACAUUAUAAAUCUAAGUCAAGCUUGAACCAUUCCAAUAAUGCUGAUUUUCAUUAUUUAGAUUCUCCGCUUGCUGAGUCCGAUGAUGUUCGUUUGGAAUCAUUGUCAAACCGUAUCUCGAAUCUUAAGUUGCAAUGUCGUGGAAUUCUUGCCUCGUCUCCGUAUCCUGAAAUGGAUUCAUAUUCUGCUUACUACAGAGAUCAUUUAGGUAUGUCCACUUCUUUGUCUCCCAGCUCGCGUUUUUCUACGUAUGAUAAUGACCCACAUCAGCUACACGUGCUAUCUGCUGCUAGGAAUCCUUUGUCUUUGCCACUACACAGGACAUCGCAUUCAUUUGAUAAAUCACUUGAUUAUUUUCAUGAUCUAGGAGAUUUUGACUUCCAUGAUGAGCUAUCUUUGCAUUCACAUGAUAAUAGAUCAGAAAUGGUGCCAUCUCCAGCUCCAUCUUGUGCUUCAACUAUUAGAAUGGCUGGAAAUCAGAACCAUCUUCCUACAUCUGGCAACAUUGCUUUUGUUUCUCACAGAGAUAUAAGUUCUCAUACCUCACUCAGUUCACUGCAAACGACUGUUGUAGGAAGCCAUGAGUCUUCUAUUAAUGUGAAGGAAAAAUCUUUGAAGAGCCUGGCCCUGGAAGAAUCUCAAAUUCAUCUACAUCCUCAAGUUUCUUCUGAGAACACAUCUAGUGAUACCAACCUUCACAAUCCUUCACUAUUUCUAUUCAAGAAGAAAGAAUAUCAAUCUUCCAAGCCUUUUAAAUUGGAAUAUGAUUCUAAAGCUGCAAAUUCUCAAAUUUUGGGCUCUAAGAAUUUUAUGUCUACUGUUGAAAGUAGGCCUAAUCAUGAUUUUUCUUCAUGCCAAAUUGAUUCCUAUGAUACCAAAAUUAAUUCAGCAAGUUCUUCAUUGGAUAACUUGUUGGAUCCUGGCCCAAACAGUUUGGGAUCAUUUGGUAGCCAUAUUUUGCCUUAUUUCAAAGAAUUUGUUGAGGAUCUAGGCCCUGAAGAAUAUCGAUGGUUCUACAAAGCAGAGACGGACAAAAAGUGGAUCCCUUUUAUUGGAUACGACUCCUUGCGUAUUGAAUGGAAGUUCAGAGAUUUGCUGCAGAAUGGACUAGCCAGUACUCAAAAGAUAGCAUCUUCAGAUAUUUCUGUUGAAAAUGGCUCGACAGGAACUAAUGAAGCUGAUGAACGACCAUUUGAUCUUGGAGAAGAUGGAACAGUUACUGUACGUGGAGGCUUGUAUGAAGUAAAUGUGAAGAUUAAAAAAGGUCAAAGCAUCUACUGGAAAGGUGAAGUGUUUGCAGUUUGUAGAGGCAUCUGGUUCUAUGAAGGAGCUUGGGCUCCAUUGGAUGAAGAGUUGGCUGAGAAACUUGAAGAAGAACAUUUAACUCACUUCAGAGGACAGCCUCUCAAUGUUCCUGGUGUAGCAGACUCACAAAAACAAGCGGUUCACCGGUUGUCUGUACCUGGGGGCUCUGUGGAGUGGUUCAGUGCUUCUGAAGUUUAUUUGUCCCUUGAUGCCACUCCCGCCCGACUCAUGCGUUCUGUGGGCAAGAAGCUUGGCUUCCAGAAAACUGGAUACAAGGUGCAUCGUGGCUACAGCCUUGAUGCGUGUGCCAGCGACAAGCUGCCUGACAUCACUCAUCUUGUGUUCGUCAUACAUGGCAUUGGCCAGAAGAUGGAUACUGGCAGGAUUAUCAGAAACAGUACAAGCCUUCGAGACAACGUGAACACCCUCAAGUUGCGCUACCUGAAGGAACAGACAAAUGCCCAGGCUGGCAGUGAGAUUCUUGACCAGCAGACUACAGUGGAGUUCUUCCCUGUCGAGUGGCGCUCUCAACUGACUUUGGACAAUGGCCUUAUUGACUCCAUCACUCCCCACAAGAUCAUAAAUAUCAGGCAGAUGCUCAAUGCUUCAUUCAUGGACAUAAUGUACUACAAUAGCCCUCAGUACAGAGAAGAGAUUGUUACCGUGUUGUCAUCUGAGCUGAACCGAUUGUACUCGCUCUUCACUGAGCGCAACCCUUACUUUGAAGCAAACGGUGGCAAGGUGUCGGUUGUCUCUCACUCUCUUGGCUGCGUCAUCACGUAUGACAUAGUUACGGGCUGGUCGCCUACACCCCAGCUCUCCACAAACUUCCUCCAGGCAAUGAACGGAGUGCUACUCUCGCAGCAACAGCGCAGCACAGACAGCAGCAACGGCGUGCAAAUGCAGUCUGCAGUCCAGCAGCUCCUACAUCAACAGCUCCGACACUCACAACAACCAAACCUCAACUUCAAGAUAGAGAACUUUUUCUGCCUGGGUUCACCACUGGCAGUGUUUCUUGCCCUGCGCUGGCGCAAGGACACCGGUGCUCCGCCCCUGCUCGGCAGAGAUUGCUUCAAGAGGAUCCUCAACAUAUUCCAUCCUUCCGAUCCUGUUGCUUACAGACUUGAGCCGUUGAUUGUGCCAGCGUUUGCAAGCGUGGCUCCAGUGACACUGCACUGCCACAGCGCAGCAGACAAGCUGCCUUACAGUCAAAUGCCUCUGGAGCCUGCAGCCUCUGCCGCCUCAUCCAAGGACGGAAGCUCUGACACUAAAGACGUGUCGAGCACCCCUAGCUCGUCGCAGCCCACUACGCCCGUCAAAGGGGGCUCAAGCAGCUGGAAUUUGUGGGGUCUGAUGAAAGGCAACAAGAAAUCUAACGAGCAAGGAAGCUCUUCUACGGCACCACCGAGUGGCAGUGUUUCAGAGACUGUACAUUUCAACGCGUCUGCAAUGGCAUCAUCUGAGAGCUGUCAGUUGUCACAAGGACAACGAAUCGACCAUGUCCUACGCGAAGGCAGCAUGGAGAGCAGCUACCUAAGCGCCCUCACUUCACACACCUCCUAUUGGAGCAACUAUGACGUUGCCCAUUUUCUGCUGACUGUGCUGUAUCCACACCUUCAGACGUGCUCUACUUCAGCAGUUGUAAGUACAGUGACGUCCACCACUACUACCGUGAGUACUACCAUCUCUGGGCUUGGUGUUGGUGUGCCAUCUUUCAGUGGUCUUACAGUCUCUCCCGUCCUCAUGACUGAUGGUUUGAGUGCGACAAAUCUUAUUGAAAGUGGUCCGUCAGUUUCUUCCCUCCCAAUGAGCUGUAAUGCCACAUCACUAUCCCAUCUGGCUGGCAUUGCUUCAUCAGGUCCUGGAAUUAACAUAGCCCCAAAAAUGCAUGGCGACAGUGCAUUUUCUGUUGUUAGUGGCACAAAUACUAUGCCAGUUAAAGCUCCAGAAACUGCAGGCUCUCAAACUACUACAGGCUCUCGAACUACUACAACUACUGAAGGUUCACCUACCAGGUCUCAUCCCUCUAAGAAUUAUUCGAACCUGACUGGUCUCUCUCCUGGUCACUCAAACUUCAAUCAACAUUCUGAUGUUGACUCCAAUCUAUCUGGAACUUCUAAUAUUACGGAAUGCGGGCAGACUCCAGGCCAUCGAAAUGUAAUCUCUGCUUCAAGUUUGUCUGGAACUGGGUCUUCAACUAGCAUUUCGGCCACCAUUGCUGCCUCGCUGUCGCCGUAUCGUUUCAAUACAACUGAUGGCACCAGUAUUUCAAUGAGCAAUACCCUGGCUGUGUCUCAUCCUGAAACCUCGUUGCGUUAUGCGUCAGGCAACAAGACAAUUGGAGUUUCUACAGGUUCCAGAUUUGAUUCUAGGUCUACAGCGAGCACUGAGGCAACUUCAGUGCUUGGCUGGAGUACCAUUGAUAAACCUACACUUGUCUCGACAAGUCUCAGCUCUGCACCUAGUAUCAGGUUUUUGAGUCUAACGUCGACAGAUUCCUCAGGAGCAAAUGGCAAUAACAAUUCUUAUAUUCCUGGCACAGGUAUUACUUACUCAUCAAUGGUUGCUAAUCGCGACCGUGAAGAAGCAAUGGAUAUUAAAUCCGUAUAUUCAGCAAAUAAUGGUGCAGAAUAUCCCAGUUCCAAGCAAGUGGAUGAAUCCUCGCCAUCUGUACUCACAAUGUCAGGCUUUAAUGUACCGUUUACUAGCACUGGCGCAUCUUGUACCCAAACAACUUUUUCUGCGGGGGGCACUGAUUCUCGCACAAACCAUUUUGUUAAUGUUAUGAAAAAUAAUGAUCUAGCUGUGAACCCUGGUUUCGGUAUCAAUAACUCUCGGCUGAGCACGAGUUCUGUCUCUAUGUCUGUGAAUAAUCCUGGAUUAAAUAUGAGCAGUUCUCUGUCCAUGGCUAGUGCCAGCAUUGGAACGGGGAAUCCUGACGUGUCAAUGAACGGCUUUAGUGGCAUUUCUUCUGAUGGUUCCUCCAUGCUAUCUAACAAUUUUUUUGCGCCUGGCUUGCAACAGGGCAACUUUUCUGUGCCCAUUGCUGGGUACUUGGGGCCAAUGGCGAAUUUACGCGAGGGUGAUAGCAUUUCCCAGGGUCACUUUAUGAGCAGCAGUGGUGAUCUCAUCCAGCAGUUCAUGAAUGAGAGUGGAUUACGGAUGCCUAAUACCAGUGAUGGCAGCUCAUAUUAUUCCAUGCCGCCUUCUGGAAGCUACGGUGGCAGGUGAAUCGAUUGCAUUUUGUGAGCUUAAAAAAUUCCUCAUCAUUAUGUAAAUUCGAAGCCAUGCUUCCUUUCCUUAAAAAUUCUGCCUUGCGAAGAAACAUUGGCGUUCUUUACAUUGUUGCUAUAUGCUUGACACUGAAAAAAAUGAGUUUUAUUCUUCUGUUGAAAUUAACGUGCAAAUUUUAUAGCAAAUUAAAUUGGUGGUGAUUACUCUGAUGAAAUACUAGUCAUUUGUUGGCAAUAGUAUAAUAAAAGACAUUUUUAUUGUAAUUGCUUCCAUUAACUCAAUAAUU